AAAUUCAUCACGGCGGUAAUAUUUCAUUUCAAAUGCUUACAAAACUUAUUUUAUUCAAUGAAAGUGCACAUUGUCCCGAAAACAAAUGCUGAGCUUUUGUUUUUUUUCAUCUAAGCGACAUUUACUCGAGAAUAAGUCUACCGACAAAAUGGGACGUUUACUCUAUUUCACUUGUUUUAGGGCUAACCAACCAAAAAGUGGGUACCAGAAACGCUGGUACCAGAAUCAAUGAGUGGUAGAUGGAUAAUGUAUGGAGUUUGACAGCCACAAGAGCCCCGUGGGUAUCACUGAGUUACGUCCAAGUCGAUGCGCUACAAAUUCGGGUUAUUCGCGUUGAAAGAGAUUUUGAAGGCUAUUCGCACCUACGUGAACACUCAUAUGUAAUUGUCCUUCCUUCUUUAUCGCAUGCAAAAACCAAACAAAUAUCAGCAACACCGUCAACGCGAAUAUAUCGACUCUAAUAUUUAUAUCGAUUAUUUGACGUCAAAAGCGAUUAAUUCUCAGCGAUUCAAAAUUAUGUCGGUAUAAAGAUCGAUUGUUACUAUCUUCAAUUAUUUUGGGUUUUGGCAGCUUUGUAUAGGUAGUCAAUUUUCUUCAGCCGCAUACAUCGCGUAUUUUUGAAGUUUGGGUGUAGCGUUUGAACUUGUAUAUCUCUAUAAUAUAUUUUAAAUUUUCAAUAAUCGGUCAAGGAACGAAACAGACGAAGUUGAGCAUUAUGUCUCGGCCUAGGCGAUUCAAUUUACUUCAAGAUUAUGACGGCUAUAAUCCGGAUACUUUAAAUCUUUUGCAAGAUUCCGAGGCGAAAGAUUAUUGGUUUCAGUGUUUCAUCCGCCUUGUUUGGAAAUUUGAACAACAAGCAGCUAAAAGUCAGAGCUCUGACCCAACAGCCGUGGAUCGAGCAGCACAGUUUCGAAAACAUUACUUGGAACAACUUGAGCAACUAAAGGACGAUGAUCGCAGUUCGAACCGAGAGCCACUGGCCAUCAGAAAUUUAUUAGAGCUAAACGAAGCAUCUUUGAGAUUAUAUGGCUUCGAUGAUCCGUGGAAAGAACAAAAACGAAUCGAAAAUGAGGCAUCUAUUAAAAAGCUAAGUUCACGUCUUCAACGAUUGGAUGAGCUAGAAGAUACGGUUGCUAGAUGGACAGAGAUAAUUAAAGGCGUGUUGGCAGGUAACAUGUUUGAUUGGGGAGCACAAGCAGUUUCCCAAAUACUUGAAAGCGACAAAAAUUUUGGUUUGGAAGAAGCCUUGCAACGCAUACAACAACGCCCAUGGUUAAUUGAUUGCCUCGAUCAAUGGCUAGAUAGACUACAGGGCCCUGCACACAAGUGUGUCACCAUUUUUACAGAUAAUUCAGGAAUUGAUAUAGUACUUGGAAUAAUGCCGCUGGCUAGAGAACUUUUAUUACGACACACCAAGGUGCUACUCUGUGCUAAUAUUAAACCAGCACUAAAUGAUAUUACAUUCGACGAACUAAAGGAAGUUGUAAGCAAGUGUUGCGCGGAAUGUAAAGUUAUUCGUGAUGCUUAUGAAACUGGUAUGCUGAAAAUCUUAGGAAAUGAACAAAAUGGACCAUGUCUGGACUUUCGUCUUAUUACACAUGAAUUGUGCGGUGCAAUACUGGAAAGUGAUUUAUUAAUUAUAGUUGGAAUGGCCAGAGCACUUCACACUAACUUAAACGCCAAGUUUACAUGUGAAACUCUGAAACUUGCAGUUGUUAAAAAUGAAUGGCUGGCAAAACGACUUGGAGGAAAUACAUUUUCCGUUAUUUGUAAAUAUGAAAACGUUUGAUAGAUAUUAUUUGUAAUAUAAUAAAACAUAAAUAAUUUGAUAG